AGUGGAAAAACAAAGAUGGUAGACCCAAACUCGAACCAAGAGAAAUUUUACUAUGUUUACAGCAGUGAUCUGGACACAAAUCUCGAGCUUAAAGUAUGUACAUUGGAAGGAAAGAGAGAACGUAAAGGGUACAAAGAGCUUUUAGAUGAUCCACAACUGAGAUAUUCAGGAGCUUAUGAAAGCGAAUGUUCUGAUUUAUAUGUCACUUGUCAAGUAUUUGCCGAUGGUCAACCACUAUGUCUUCCUACAAGAACAUCUUAUAAACCAUUCAGUACAAGAUGGAAUUGGAAUGAGUGGCUCAAGUUGCCCAUCAAAUACCCUGAUAUUCCUCGCCAUGCACAAGUGUGUUUUACAAUCUGGGAUGUGUAUGGUCCAAGGAAAGCCAUCCCAGUUGGUGGAACAACCGUGUCGCUUUUUGGUAAAUAUGGGACUCAGCGCCGUGGCAUGCAUGAUCUAAAGGUGUGGCCUGGAGUAGAAGCUGAUGGCCAGAGGCCAACCUCCACUCCAGGAAAGUCUACUACUGGUGAAGAUCAAAUGAGCAGGCUAGCUAAGCUAAGUAAGAAACAUCACAAGGGUCGAAUGCUCAAGGUGGAUUGGUUGGACCGCCUCACUUUCAGAGAAAUUGAAAUGGUGAAUGAGAGGGAAAAGCGAAACUCCAAUUUUAUGUUUCUAAUGAUCAAGUUUCCUCGGAUCCACUCUGAUGGCUUAGAGUAUUCUGUGGUUCAUUUUGAAAAGGACGCCGAUGAUGUUGAUUAUGUCUGUACUCAUCCAGAGAUUGUGAGAGUUCCUGAUCCAGAAAUUCUGUUGGAUAACCUUGUUGAACUAAAACAUCACAAGCUUGUUAGAAGUAUAAGAAGUGGAACAGUUUCAAGAGAGCUUAAACCAAAUGCAAAAACCAGGGAUCAGUUAAAUCAAAUUGUGGGUUAUCCUUCUACCAAAGUGCUCACAUCAGAAGAGAAAGAUUUAGUGUGGCAGUUCCGAUUUUACCUCACUAAUCAGAAAAAGGCAUUGACCAAGUUUCUUAAAUGUGUGGAUUGGACUCAGCCACAGGAAGCCAGACAGGCUCAAGAACUUUUAGGAAAGUGGAACCCAAUGGAUGUUGAAGAUGCUUUGGAGUUGUUGUCCUCUCAGUUUACCAACAGAGCAGUCAGACAGUAUGCUGUCUCAAGACUGAAGGAGGCCAAUGAUGAUGACUUGCUGCUCUAUCUUCUCCAACUUGUCCAAGCAUUGCGUUAUGACGCUCUAUCAGAUGAGGAAGAAAAACUUACUGAGAACACUGUUGAUAGUCUGCUCCAGGACAACACUGAAAGUCAAACAGCAGAGACAAUACCAACACAAGAUGCUGAAGGUAUUGCAAUAGUCAAAGAUACUGAAGAGGGUUCAGAUUUGGCCUCAUUCCUCAUUUUGAGAGCCUGCAGAAGUGACACCCUAGCAAACUAUUUUUAUUGGUAUUUAUUUGUUGAAUGUAAUGAAGGAAAGGACACAAAGGAAGGAGAAAUGUAUUUAAAUGUGAUGAGGAGAUUUAGUCAGGCAUUGAUGAAGGGUGGGUGGGAGUGCACAGUUAGGCGGAACAUGUUGGGCAAACAACAGCAAUUUGUCAACCAUAUUGUCAGACUCAUGAAGGAGGUGUCACAGUUUGGGGGUGGUCGCAACAAAAAGAUACACAGAUUAAGAGACCUGCUUGAUGUUCCUGAGUUGACUUCAUUUGGACCAAUACCUCUCCUUCUUGAUCCAGAAAUCAAAAUCAAGGGAAUCAUAGUGGGAACUCCAGAGGACAAAAAAGCCUGGCUUUUCAAGAGCCACCUCAUGCCUUGUAAACUCACGUUUCUUACAUUGGAUGAUCGAGAAUAUGUGACAAUUUUCAAGAAUGGUGAUGACUUGCGACAAGAUCAGUUGAUUCUUCAGAUUAUAAGGCUCAUGGAUAAGCUCUUAAUGAAAGAAAACUUAGAUCUGAAAUUGACUCCAUACAAGGUGCUGGCAACAAGUGGAAGCCAUGGCUUUGUGCAAUUCAUAGAAUCCACUCCUAUAGCAGAAAUUCUGGAUAAAGAUGAGGAUAGAAGCAUACAGAACUACUUUCGCCGGCAUGCUCCUUGUGAAAGUGCACCACUAGGAAUCAGCCCGGAGGUGAUGGAUACUUAUGUUAAAAGUUGUGCUGGCUAUUGUGUUAUUACAUACAUCUUGGGUGUAGGAGAUAGACAUCUGGACAAUUUACUUCUCACAAAAUCAGGAAACCUAUUUCACAUUGACUUUGGUUACAUUCUUGGAAGAGAUCCUAAGCCACUACCACCACCAAUGAAACUGAGCAAAGAAAUGGUGGAAGGCAUGGGAGGAGCAUCCAGUGAGUUUUACCAGACAUUCCGGAAACAAUGUUUCACAGCUUUUCUCCACUUGAGGAGGCAUGCAAACUUGAUUCUGAACUUGUUUUCUCUUAUGGUGGAUGCAAAUGUACCAGAUAUUGCAUUAGAGCCUGACAAAACUGUGAAAAAAGUUCAGGACAAAUUCCGUUUGGACCUAAGCGAUGAGGAAGCUGUACAAUACUUGCAGUCACUAAUUGAUGAAAGUGUAACUGCCAUGUUCCCAGUUGUGGUGGAACAUAUUCACAAGUUUGCUCAGUAUUGGAGAAAAUGAAGUCGGAUUACUUGUGUAAGCAGAUGGUAGAUGACACUCAAACUUAAACUGUGUUAUUCAAGUACAUUCAGCCACUGGUCCAGAGCAAGAAAUAAUCAGAAGAGUAAAAAUUUUGGGGAUAUGAAACAGACUACAAAUCUAGCAUACCUUCAUUGUUAUGCAUUUCAUAAAUAUUGUAAUUUAUAAUGAUAAAACAAUAUAUAUUUUAUUAAGAAUAGCAUCCAUGAAAGUGUCUUUUGUUGUGCCAUACAUGUAUCAGCUCUGUUUUUGUUCAAUUUAUUAAUUCACCCAGAGAUUAAUUGUUAACUGAAUUCUCCAUCUCAGCACCUUACAAAAUGUGUGGAGAACAGUUUAGAGAAUAUGCAUACUUAGUGACUAGCAUCUAAUUUCUCCUUACAAUAUCACCCCCCUGCCCAUCAUGGUUUUGCCCAGGUUACUGAGUUCUUUUAAAAAUGGUCGUGCACUUAACACAUUUUGAAGUGAGUAUCUGUGAACUAGGUUGUAGUUUGAAAUUCAUGCACAAUAUUUGGAUUGCUUAAAGAGUAAAUAAAUACCUUUUCUAUA